CCGGCAGGUAAGCUCUCAGCUUCGCCCACAGCCGCCUUUGCUGCCAGGGAGGAUCGGAGGCACCUGCUGCGAGCCCUUGGGGGGCAAAAGCACUGGGAGAUUGGUUGCAGACUGCUCCGCAUCGGUCUUCUGGGGGGAGCUGCAGCUGAGAAGCCUCCGCAGGGGCUUGUUGUCUUCAAGCAGUAACUGAAGGGGAAGGUGAUUCUGAGAGCCAUGAUGUCCCUGGGUGUCAGUAAAGGACGUGUCAUCCCGUCCACUGAUGAAGACCGCAAGAGGAUCAUUAAGCAGAUGAAGGUUCGCACCACCCUGAAAGGAGAUAAGAGCUGGAUCCAGCACCAUAACUCGGACUCUGAGGAUGAGAAGAGCAGCCCGCUGUCUGGACGGGCCGGUGGGGGAUCCCCAGCCUCAACACCUAGUGCUCCCCAGAGUGACCGGUCUCCUGCCUCCAAGCCUCAGUCCGGUUACCUCAUCAGAGGGGUGUUCACAAAAACCAUCGAUAAAACCUCUUCCAUGCCAGAUUCUUCAUCUUGUAAUGCAGCACAAAAGAGCACUGCCGCGAAGGGACGCAGCCUGUGCCGUUCCAACUCCGGCUACAGGAUGACCACCGAGGAUUACAAGAAACUAGCUCCGUAUAAUGUCAAGCAAAAAUCAGUGGACCUGGAUGAGGACGAUGUGCCGUUUACCCCAGAUGAACAUAAGAAGAGGACGGAGGCGGCCAACAGUGUCCUGAGACGCACGGCCAGCAGAGAACGUGCUUACGUCCUCUCAGCAGCCAAGAAGAGCAAUGGGAGCCCAACACAGGAAUUUCCACCCUUGUUUGCCAAGAGAAUUGAGAUAGAAGAAGAGGAAGGACAGCAGAGGAGGAGUCCAACCGUGCCUGGUUCAUGCAGGUUGAUGCCAGAUGACAACAGGGCUAAUGGGCUAAGAAAAACCACCGCUGGAUCUUCCUGGAACGAGCCAAAGACAACAGCAGUGUCUCCCUCCAGCACUGAAACAGGCAGCAAGAGCCAACCAUGGGCAUCCUCAAGUGAAACUGCAGAAAGAAUCUCCACUUCUGCUGAAAUCAGAAAUGGUGAAAACAGGCAGGCCCCAAAUGGGAAAUCCUCAUCGGAAGCUGUGUCACAGCAUGGGGACGGUGACAAACCUCCGAAGGAAAAGCCUGAGCCGUUCCCACGAGAUGAACUGGCCCCCAGAGCAACCGCAGCUUCCACGAACGGAAGUUAUCCUGAACACACAGAAGCCAACAAUGGAUUUUACCCACCAAAGUCCAACUCUGGUUGCAGGGACAGACCUGCAGAUGCUCCAGACAAGCUGCACCGUCAGUACGAGACCUCUCACUACCUGGAUGAUGCAAAGCCUGAACCUGCAAGAUCUGUCCUGGGCUACGAGGAGAGAAGCGGCACCCACGAGAGCGGGCCCACGAGUCCCGAGGCCCCAGCGUACAGCAAGCCUGCCUGGAAUGAAGCGACGUCUUCCCAAGAUUUCAAAGAGGGGAAGACCCCUAGAGACAGGGGGCAUGAGAGCACACGGGCCUCGGGUGACUAUAAACCAGAGCUGAUCCAAGCAGGGUUUUUGGACAACCAUACGGAGAAGGGCCAAGAACCUCCUGACCAUGAUGUCCACCGAGAGCCUCCCAGGCUGAAGGAACAUACUGAACAUGAACCCAGCAUGGCUAGGUCUGUGCCAGGCUCCAGGGACGGCACUAGUGGGAGCUUGGACAUUAACAAGGGGACAUCGCCCUGUGUGCAGAGUGAAGAAGUCACUUCAAGAAGGUCCAGCUCUCUGCCUAGAGGAGGCAGCGUCACUGCUCCAGAGACCCAAUGCACGAAUGAAUCUGACCCAUGCUGGGAAAGGGUCACUCCAGCUUAUGAAGAACAAACCUGCCCCACCACAGAGAGUCACCGUGAGAGCCGGGGAGACUGGAGACACAAUGAGCCCGUGGCAGCCAGGUCUAACUUCGGCUCAGAAGAGAGUGCUCUCAGUGCAUAUGAGACCCAGCACCCCGUGCCGCUGUACAUGGACCGCCAGCCUUUUAACGUCAGCGUGUCAGCACCCAGUCACAGGAUACCAUCCUACGCAGACAGCCAAGUGUUCAGCACCAGAAGACCUACUCCAGAUUAUGAAGGGAGAGUUUAUGAUGGGAGAAGCAGCCCUAGGAACAGCAGAUAUGACAGCGCUAGUGCCAGGGGGCACUGUGAAUUUAACCCCACAGCUGGACGCCACGACUCCCUUCCCAGAGACACCACCAUGUCCAUUUCCCAGAGAAGCCACAGGGUGCCAUUCUACAUGGACAGCUUAAACUAUAACAGCACCAGGCUUCUCUCAAGUUCGAGUGAGAGGAUCUGCAGCCCGACUGCCACCUUACCGCACAACAGCCCGGCGGCCUCUGGGUACCAGCCCGAUUCCAGCACUGCCGGAAAAGGGGUCCUCUUUGUGAAGGAGUACGUGAACAGCAGCGAAUUAUCAGCCUCCCCACGCUAUGGCAGUGGCAGCCUUGUGGAUUUGACCGAUUUGGACAGAGCAACCUACAGCCACCACAGCUACCUGUCCAGCGCUCCCCUGCAGAGGUCCAGUGAACCUGUUUGCAGUUACUGCGGCCGUGAGAUCCGAGACUGCCCUAAGAUCAUAAUAGAGCAUCUUAACAUCUGCUGCCACGAAUACUGUUUCAGGUGCGGAAUUUGCCACAAAGCGAUGGGAGAUCUUCUGGAUAAAAUAUUCAUCCACCGGGACAUUGUCCACUGUGACAAGUGCUACGAGAAACUCUUCUAGGGUUUUGCAAAGCUGGAGAAGGCAGCCAGUGGGAAGUCCUCGGCAGCAUGUACCGGAAUAUAUCUAGCAGUUCCUGCAGAAUUCCUGCUCCCCCGUGCCCUCAAGUUAUUUUCCCUCUCACUGCCUCAUCACAAUGAAGAGUUCAGCAUCCCCUAGUUUAUGCUGUCAGUGGCACACAAGACGAGUGCCAAUGUUAACAAGGCAGUGCCAUCUACAAAGAUAAGCGGGCUGAUUUUCCAAAGGUGCUGAGCCCCUCUGCCUGCCUGUAACUUCACUGAGAUUCCAGAGCGCUCCCUGCGCUGGAGGCCAGGCAGAGCUCCUUAGGUCCAAGCUAAUUGUGAGAAAUUCUGAUGGUUGUUUUUUCCUUUCAUUUCUGCGAUCAGGCUGCAGCUUAGGGUGUGUGAGCUGGCACAAAGCAAGCAGAUACAAGAAGUGUUAAACACUAAAUCUGGAUUCUUGGGAGGGUUUGAAUUUAGUUCUUAGCAAAAGCCUGUUUCUGCUUCUCUCACCCCCCAAAUUCUGCCUAGAAAUAGCUUCUGCCCGAUUUCCAUUUGCCUUCCGUGGGCUUUCAGGAGCACUUGCAGACUCACUUUACUCUAAUUGUGUGUCAGCUUUAAUUUCCCUUUCCUGCCUGCUCCCUAGUGGAUUGCUGCAGCAGCAUGUGUGUCCGCUGUCUGGCUGGGAAGAUAACACUCUUUUCACCUGGCAGUUUAACUCGGCCUCUGACGGGAGGCGUCUCGUGGCCGUACAAAAGAUGCCAGAGAACAGGUAUCUCAAUUGCCUCUCCUGUCAGGGAGCACGGCUUGCCUGAGAUCUGAAUCUCUCCCCCUCACCAAGGCUUGCCGUAACGCCUCUCUUAGUGCUCUGAAUUGUCGACGUCACGAAUGCUCACUCACAAAAUUGAACUUCUAGCAGAUGCUGUACUUACUAAAAGUCAGAAUCGCAUCAUUUUAGCCCUUAAUUCGGCGGCUGAGAGGUUGGGAAAGCCGAAUAUUGAAACCUGGAAGUCAGCCUCUGUGCCUUAAAAGUACAGCUCUGACCGUGGCCACAGAGUUCCUGUUUUCUCCUUGAAAGCAUUAGGAAUGUCUGCACAGCCCCCGCGUCAGUUCUGUGCUCGCUCUUACAUGGAAGUAGGUGAUGGCAGACGCUCUAAUGCAGACUAUUGUUAGCUAGAUAAUUCUUUAUGCGCUUAGCGAUGGAAGCUGGCAUGCGUGCCAAAGCUUAGCAAGUUAGUGUUUUACACCACAAGCGCUACUUAGCUUUUUUUAGGCCACUGUACCAGUUAUUUAACCCAACUCUAGGCAUGACCUCGGAAGCAACGCCGUGAGCAGAACUCCCGACUCCGCUGCCGGCAAGCCUCAGGCUGAGGCCUUCAAGCCGCGUCUGCGGCAGGGCUUUGGGCAGCUCCGUUCUGAGCGUGCGUGGUACAACCGGGGCCCAACAGCUCCCUGAAAACCCGGUAGUCACGAAGGCGUGAUUUUCAAAAACGACUACCGAUGGCGGCUGCCUAUGUUUCUAAGUUAUCAAGAUGUUAAAGAGACGUUGCUUUCUGAACAGAAGAGGGUCACAAAGCAUCUCAUCUCCCCAAAUCGCUCAUUUCUAAAAACCACAACCAGUGGUUCCUUACUGGUACCUGCACCAGCGGGUGGUGAAUGACUGGUAGGGCAGCUGUUUCACGCCUCAUUGCGCCAUGGUCACCGGGGGACUGUUAAAAUACCGAAGGGCCUCUAACUACAGCUGCGCUUUGAGAUGAUCUGCGGGAAUAACGUAUCCACCGAUCCCAGAGCUCCUGAUGGGUGCGUGGCCUCGCGGGGAACAGGCUGUGUCCAUCGUACGUUUUGCACUGUCGCUCCUCAGCACUGCGUCUCCCUGUAGCGAUUGUUUAACCGCGGUAUGCAGCCCUAAUAAACAGUC